UCAGUCUAGGCAAACCCAAGCUACGCCGCCUCCAUUCGUCUUGUCUGCCUGCCGAGGGGAGGGGGAACUACAGCGCCCGUUUUGCCUGCCUGGUGGUGCGACCUCCCCCCUCGCCGGCCCGGCGCGCCGCCGACCAUGGACCCGGACGCGGUGCGGCGAAGCCUCGAGCCCACCGCAUCCGCGGAGGAAAUCACGGGCUCCACCCCAGCCCGCCUCCAUUUCUACGACCCCUUCGUCCUCAGCGGCGUCAGCAUCGAGUCCGCCGAGCACGGCCGCCUCCUCUGCUCCUUCGUCGUCGCCCCGCGCCACGCCAGCCCCGCGGGGUACCUCCGCAGCGGCGUCACGGCGACGCUCGCCGACCAGCUGGGGUCCGCCGUCUUCUUCUGCAGCGGGCUCCGCAGUAGCGGGGUCUCCGUGGAGAUCAGCGUCUCCUUUGUCGACGCGGCUACUGUCGGGGAAGAAAUAGAGGUUGAGGGAAAGUUGUUGCGUGCUGGAAAAUCCGUUGGUGUCGUCUCAGUCGAUUUCAGGAAGAAAAUGACAGGAAAGUUGAUGGCACAGGCCCGUCAUACCAAGUAUCUUGCUGUGUCAAGCAAAUUGUGAGGCUCCCAUUCUGCUAACAAGAUAAUAAGAUAUCAACAUGAUUGCGGCCAAACUCUCCAAUCUCCAUUACUGUGCCAUUAUUACUCGUCAACAAUCAUACAAUGCUUGUGGUCUAUCUUCUUUUAGGGAAAAAAAAUAGAAUGCUGUAUCUAUUAGAAAUUCGUGUAUCAAGGGUGGUCUGUCAUCUAUGAUCAGAAUAUAUAUUUCGACGAGGAUUGUGGGCUGUAACUUCACAGGAAACACAGUAAACCAUCCACAAUUCAUAUUCAACUCCACGGUCCCCUUAA